UGCAAACAUACCGAACGUUAAAUCACUGAUAACGUCUGACGGAAAAUCAAUUUAAUUUCAAAAUCUCUUAUCAUCUUCCGCUUGGUUUCAAUAUAGUGUCUAAAUUAUGCAUAUAUUGUGAGCAAAGCAAUUGCAGCUAGGGCCGUGGGUAAGAGAUGGAUAACAUGGAAAUAUAGCAAACAUAAAGUUCGUUUUUAGUGAGCCGGAUAUACCGUUCUUGUCCAAAGUGCGGAUAUUAAUUGUAUGAGGGCCUAUAUUACGUGUUGAAAGAGAUUCGUCUUUGAUCGGAGUUGAAAGUUGAUAAUUAUGUGUAGAUAAAAAGUUGUUUUUUUUAAAGAGGCAAUGUUGCGUAUUGUGAACGAUAUGUGGAAAUAAACGAUACCGUAAUGAAGUUGGUCGUAAAAACGUUAUUGAAUCUAGUUUAAAGGAGUCAUGGUAACGUAUACGGGAAACAUUUUAAUACGAUCCUUAUAAAUUUCAAUUAACACCAGUUUUAAGUUUUUAAAAAGUGAUCAGGUAUUUAAUAAUACGCUUCUUUAUCGAUCACUGAUGAAAAAGCAAAGAUUUUCACAAACUGAAUCAAGGGACUGCAUGAUAUUAAAGUGCUGCCAUGAACACGUUAUUGUUAAAUUUCACAUACAUGAGACUUCACAACAUGUCAAUGUCAUAUUUCGUUACUAAUAAAAUCUAAAUAAUUUUGAAUAAGUGCUAAUAAAAACAUUACAAAAAGGAAAAUAAAGAAAAUAAAAAGCUAUGCCUAGCUGGUCGGGUUACGCAAAUGGCGCUUUUCUUGUCACGUUUGCCGGCGGAUGUCUCGUCGUGGUUGGUUAUGUCUUGCCUUUCUGGGUGACCUAUGACCAAUACACCUGUCCCGUGGACAAAGAAGUCCGGUUGUUCGCGUACGUGAGCGUCUGGUACACGAUGGCCUGCAAAAGGGGCCACUCUGCCUCGUGCGAGAUUAAAGGGAUACAGUUGAGCACUAACACAAGUGCCAACUUAAAUUUCAGUUCUAUUACGGGAUGUACCAGCGCAGAGUUUUCAACAAAUCUAGCCUCAAAACUCGAUAAGAACACUUACUGGUGGACCAUACAGAUUAUGACGUCAUUCGGCCUUGGUCUCAUAUUUCUUGCCGCCAUUGUGUUGUUGUACUGCAAGUGCGCUGGUGUCGCUUCACGGAGACUCUUCGUUGUGACGUCACUCCUUCUUAUAACAGGAGGGAGCCUAUUCUUAAGCAUCGUGAUAAUAGUAGCCGUCGCCCUGACAUCCGUCUUCGGUAUCCCCGAUCACAAGACUGAACCGGAAACGUUCCCGUGGUCGCUCCUUUCGUCCGGUAUCGGCUCCCUUUUCUCUUUAGCGGGAGGCGUACUAUCUAUUGUUAUCGUGUGCUGGUGGACAACAGACGGAAUAAUGUUUUCCAAAGGCGACAAAGACGAGACAUUGGGAGAAACAAAUAUUAAAAUGUCUGAAACUGUGGCGCAUCCAGCGGGGAUACAUCCGUGGUUCACUGACGGGGUGCAGUUUUAUAAGGGCGGCGAUGGACAGGCUUUUCCCGGAAACAGGCCGCUCGAAAGCGGCAAUCUGCAGAGACGGAACAUGUAUCCGGCUGAUGAUACAAACAUGAAACCUCCUCAUAGUUACGACCUCGAGAAACGUUCAAGUUUUAGCGAUUCCGACCGGCGCAACGAUCGGACCGACACGUCGCAGGCGUUCAUUUACCCAGGGUCCAGAAUAUCUCAAGUGGACCUAUCGAGAUCUUCAAAUAAGGAGAGAGAUAUUUCAAGAGGUUAUUUUUCUAACUCUAAGAAGUACAAAGGAGGUGAGUAUGAAGCUAGCCAAUAUUCCGCUCCCAGUGGAGCCUAUGAUGACAACCGCAGCAGACGAUUUAACGAGGGCCAAGACAGACACAUUGAUGAGGUCAGUAGUAAACGUUCCGAUGGUGACCGCAACAGACGAUUUGGUGAAGAACAAGGUAGACGAUUCGACGACGAACGUUACACACGAUUUGAUGGUUACAGCAACAGAGCUUUACAAGAUAAUCGCACUCAACUUUUGGAGCAGGCGAUUUGAAGACGAGCGCAACAUGAGUUACGAAGAACCAAGCAACACUGGAAACGACGGUUUCUUUUUCGUACCAAAAGACAGAAGCCCGAAAGGUCAAAGGGAAGAUCAAAGACUAAGCAUGGACGAAGGUCGCUAUGGUGACAGAAGAGACUAUGACAACAUACGCGAUGCGGGACGUCCAGUAUUCUAUUAGACUUAGACCUGCAGACGUUUAGACUCAUAGCUUAUCAUUUGUUUACUUGUUUACGCAGUGCUUACUUGUGUUAUUGUGUAUUACUUAUAUGUCUUUUUACUGUUCAAGACUGACUUACUGUCUGUUUUUUUGUGUUAAAUACAUGUACGACUUUUACAAUUUAUGUUAUUCACAAUUUCUGCACGUUUUUAAUAACAGAUGAGGUCUAAUAAUAAUUCUAAUCAGAAGUAAAGUUUUCGGUUGUAUGUUCGGAUCUCUUUUCUAAACGAGUGUUUAGUGUUUGUAUACAUAUUGUGUUGUGUUGUAUACAGCCUGUGCUGCGCGAAACCACUGACUCAUCAGCUGAGAGCCGCCAAUCAACAAGUGUUUCAUCCUUUUAAUCCCAUGACACUCUCCGGGCGGUGGAACCGCAGUGCUGAUCAGGCACUACGGGUCAGUGGUUAGCUGCCAGCUCUUCUCCUCCCUCUUAAUCCAAAGCCAAAUAGACACUCUCUCUGAUGCUUGAUCCAGCGCCUCCCCCCCCCCCCCCUCCAACAGCUCUCCUUCUCUCUCCUCCUCAGAUUCCUUUGGUAUGAGAUUGAUUAAAUACAAAAAAGUUUCCUAUAUCCAGAAUAAAAUACAUAAUGUAUACAGCAUCCAAUGAGUAUAUAUGAGCCUCGCUCUGAUAAACCCCGGCUUAAUGCCUACGCAUAAAGUGUCGUCCCAGAUUAGCCUGUGCGGUCCUAACAGGCUAAUCAGAGACAACACUUUCCACCUAGACUGGAUUUUCGUUUAGAAGAGACUUCCUUUAAACGGAAAACUCCAUAAAAGCGGAAAGUGUCGUCCCUGUUAAGUGCGGUGUUAAUAUCAAUGUAAACAUGAUAAUCCUUAAAUUGUAUUUAUAGUGUAUGAAAAAUUCUUUUGAAAUUGAUUGGCUACUGCUUUGUCCAUUUCCAGUUAAACUUUCGUAAAGUUACAAAAUACAAUUCAUGUUUGACUCGUGUGUGCAUAUUUUGAUUAUAACCGUCGUAUGGCUGUGUCUUAUUGUUAUAAAUACUGAUUGGUUGUUUCAGUGUGUGUCUUUUGCAAGUCAUUGUCUGUUUUACAAAUUCAUUAAACUAAUAUGUUCGCCUUUUAGUGGCACUUUGAUUUUUAAUCGAAAAGAUUUGUGCGAACAAUUGUCAUAUUGUUAUAUAAAACGUUUUUUCUUGUCGCCAACAUCGUAUUUUGUCAACAAUGCGGUAAACACUGAA